AUGAAAAAUGAUAUGAGUGGAGCAAUUCCAGGUUACAAUGGGGUAGGUAAAAAAUAUUUUGAAAUCUUUGAUAACUGGAAAAUUACAGACUCUUCACUCAAUCUAUGAUUAUUCAUCUAGUGAAAAAGCUGAACUUAUUUGGGCUGUAGCAAUCGGAACUAUUGUUGGAACAAUUCCAUAUAAUUGGGCAUACGUCAAAUAUGGAGCAAAGUAAGCUGCAAGAUCUAGUUCAACAGCUGUUUCUUUUUUUCAGAUACGUAUUUUUAUCCGCUGGAAUUCUUUCGAUAAUCUCUACAGUACUUGUUCCAACACUAGCGGCACAUAACUAUAUUGCACUUUUGUUUGUUCGACUAUUACAAGGGAUUGCGUAUUCAGCCGAUUUCGCCGUAAUUGGAAUAAUUUGUGUAAAAUGGGCACCUCAUGACGAGAUGGCUUUUUUCAUCUCCGUUCUUACUGUAUUUUCAAAUUUUGCAAAUAUCAUAACAACUGCAGUGACUGGAUAUGUAAGUUUUUAUAUUAGAGAAUCACAAUUGUUGAUUUCUUGUAGCUUUGUACAUCUUCUCUUGGAUGGAGAGCUUCAUAUUAUUUUCACGCAGUUGGUGGAACAAUCUGUUUUUUUUUGUGGUGUAUUGUUUAUUCAGAUUGUCCACUUUCUUGCAAAAGUAUAACAACAGAAGAAAUGGCAAAUAUUCAAAAGGGAAAAUCAGCUGAACAUUUCAAUAAAGAUCGGAAGGUUCCAUUUCUGAAGAUGAUUCAAAAUCCAGUGUUGAUAUGUGUGUGGUUCAAUGCAUUUUUAGAUUUGUCAAUGCAUAUUAUGAUUGUCACUUAUUCACCAAUAUAUUUUCAUGAAGUACUGAAAUACCCGGUAAGAACUACUAGGUUUUUGAACGAAUUUCAAAAACUAUCCAAACUUUCAGAUCGAGGAAACUGCUGCAAUCAUCGGAAUCACAUCUUUCGCUCAAUUACCAUUCAAAUUCGCAGCAGCCUAUGUUAGUGAUCGUAUUACAAUUGUAUCGACAAGAACGAAAAUGCUGAUUUUCAAUACAAUCUCUUGUGGAAUAGUUGCUUUUCUGUUUGGCUCAUUUGGUUUUGUUCCGGUUUCUCAUCGCUGGAUUGCUAUGAUUCUAAUGACAAUUAUUCAUUGUUUUAUGUCAACAAAUUGUGCUGGAUUUUAUCAGUGUGGAAGGUAACAACCAUUUUUAUUUUUUUUUUACAUAAAGUAUUUUCAGACAUGUUGCUCAACAAUACGCUGAUGUUGUUAUUGCUGCAAUCCAAUUUUGUAAAUGUUUGGCGUUGUUUUUCGUUCCUGCAAUUGUCGCUAUCACAGUUUCCGAUGAAACAAAUCGUACUCAAUGGGCUUCUUCUUUCCUAAUUAUUUCAUCUCUUCUUCUCGUAGCCAAUUUUUCAGCAUAUAUUUUCUUCACUGAUAAACCUGCAGAUUUCACAAAAUCCAAGGAGGAAUCGAAAGAAAUGAGUGCAUAA